UAGGAACUUCCGGUAACAACACGUCGUCUGUUUGGACUAAAGCGAAAAUCUCGUAAAAGGAACCAUGUCACAGGAAUUUGGCCAGGAGGGGUUUUAUAGCGGAAACUAUGACACAGCCAAUCAAGGUUAUGACAUGAAUAGUGCCUCGGCACAAGGUUUUGGACAAGAUCCACAAUUUGGACAAUUCGACUAUUCGCAGGGGUAUGCAGGAGAUCAGACCUACUCCGCCCCUCAGAACGUGUACACAGGAUCCAUCAUGACUCCUGAGGUACCCAAUACCUACUCUGGACCAGCCAGUAAUGGCGGAGGGGAUAACUUUGAAGAUGAACCACCUCUAAUGGAAGAACUUGGAAUCAACUUUGAUCACAUCACUCAAAAGACCAUGGCUGUCCUGAACCCCCUUAAGCAGACAGACAGUACAAUUAUGCAGGACACUGACCUUGCAGGACCUUUUGUCUUCUGUCUGGCAUUUGGAGGAUCACUCAUGCUGGCUGGGAAGCUACAAUUUGGAUAUAUUUAUGGGAUUGGUGUUGUGGGGUGCCUUGCCAUGUACAGCUUACUGAAUCUGAUGAGUAUAAAAGCAGUGUCAGGGGGUUGUGUCAUCAGCGUCCUUGGCUACUGCCUCCUUCCCAUGGUCAUCCUUUCAUGCUCCGCAGUGGUCUUCUCCUUAAAGGGUCUGCUUGGUAUUGUGCUGACAGCAGUGGCGGUGAUCUGGUGUAGUCUGUCUGCGUCUAAGUUGUUUGUGUCGGCAUUGUCUAUGGAUCACCAGCAGCCAUUAGUGGCCUAUCCCUGUGCCUUAGUGUACGGGGUCUUCGCUUUACUCACAGUAUUUUAAAAUAUGAUGUCUGUCUUCAAACCAUAAUUUCUCGUUAAAAACUUCAGAUUAAAAUGUUUCGUUAUCCUUUUUUUUUCAAAUUCUGAAAAAUCUAAAGUUCAGAUUGAUUUUUAAAUUUCUACAGAAAAAUCAAUUGUGUGAGUAAUGCAAUGAUUGUGGCCAUGAAUUUUUUAAGAAAAAUAAUUUUUAAAAUAACAAUUUGCCUUCUCACUUUUGUUGUAUCUAAUUUUACUGGUAUAAUGUUUAGAGAAAUCAUUUGAAUUAUCUGUGAAAUUAUAGAAUUUGAUCAGAUGUAAUAAUGAUUAGAAAAAAUAUUCAAUCUAAAGUUGAUGUUGAGAAAUGAGAACUUUGGGUUAAGACUUACUGUAGUGAUAGUGUGCAAUAUUUUUUGUCUCAUAGCAGUAAGUGGACAUGUAAUCUCUUAUGAAUUUGAAGAAUCAGCAUCACAACAUGAAAUGACCUAUGUAGGGGGAGGUGAAACGUCAAGAACCUUUCACUGACAAGGAAAUUAAGAAAGGGGUUUGUGAAGGAUUUGUGUCAUAUUCUAAGAUAAAUCUUAACCUUGUUGUUGACAAAAUUUUAAAUGUAGCCAGGUAUUAUUUUUAUGCAAGUUUAUUAAAAACCUCAUACCUUUGUCCAACAGGGAAACAGAAGAUCAUCAGAUAUAUCUUUCUUAGUCAUGUGUGAAUGAUGUGCCAUUUUGUAAAAUUUCACUGUAAUUCCUGUUUGUAGGAUUUUGUAUUGAUGCUUUGCUGGUGUAAACUUGGAAAUUUACAAUAAUUUUAAUAUUAUACAAACCAUAUCUGCAUCAAUAUAUACUGUUUUUUUUUUUUUUAUUAAUUGAGUGAAUUUGUGAUUGUCGUUCAUACCAAAACUAAUGACGACUCCACAUGUAUUAGAAUUAGUUUCAGGAAUCAAUACUUUCACACUGUAUAGCCAUUUUCUAGAACUAUAAAUUAAAAUCAUACAAUGUACAGCUUUUUACAUACAGUUGCUGCGAUUCAGGUCAGCCCUGUGGAUUUCUGUUUAUUUUCAAGUGCUUCUCAAUUCAUUUUAGUGCAUGGAUGAAAGCUUGAGACACUUUGGGUAUGUAGUGUGGGGUUGUUUGAUGGUAAAGAGUCUUUCUUGUUGUAAAACAGAUGAUCAUGACAUUUGGUGAUAAUAAAACAUUUGUAAUAAUUA